CAACAAACUUGUAUCCUCUGCAAACAAGCCCAGCAACAACCAUGUCGACAUAUAUAAGGACGGAGCACGGCAUGUGUAGAUCAGUCUUGUUCCUGGCAGGGAUCAGUAGCAGUUCACAGGAGUUUAACUAUAUUCUUAUCUUGAUCUGCAGCACAGGACUUCAAAAAAUAAAUCCAUAUUUAAGGAAUUCCUUUUAUUUCAAACCUGAGCAGAAAAUUGCCAAGUAGAAACAACUGUACCAGCAUGAGGGAUAUUGCAAGUGAUUCAAAAGACAAAAACAGCAUGAAUGAUCUCAACAUUAAUGCAUAUGACAACCCUGCCUUUCAGGAAGAUGAAGAACCAGAGAAAUAUGGAUUUUUUAAGAAGAAGAAAAAAGAAAAGAAAGAUAGCUCCCCAACACAAAUGGUGGGAUUUUUUGAGCUGUUUAGCUUUGCCGAUUCUUGGGACAUCAUUUUGAUGAUUAUUGGCAUAGUCUGUGGGCUUGCGUCUGGUACUGGACUUCCAAUUAUGAUUAUUGUGUUCGGGUCAAUGACAGAUUCUUUUGUUCAAAGUGGAAUCCCUGCAAACUAUACACCAAAUAUCUCUACAACUUCUACAUCUUGUGGACAGUUGGGAUCAAUAGACAUAGAAGCGGAAAUGACCAGAUAUUCCUACUACUAUAUUGCCAUUGGCGGCGCUGUUUUUGUCUUAUCACUUUUUCAAGUGUGGACGUUCUUGCUGGUGGCUUCCAGACAGACGACUAGGAUUCGACAGAAGUUCUUCAAAGCUGUUCUUCAUCAGGAAAUGUCUUGGUUUGAUGCCACUCAGAUCGGAACACUGAACACCAGGCUGACAGAGGAUAUAAACACCAUACAUGAAGGCCUUGGAGAUAAAAUUUGCAUAUUUCUUCAGUAUUUUGCCACCUUCAUAACUGGUAUUAUUAUAGGAUUUAUAUAUGGCUGGAAACUGACAUUAGUUAUCAUGUCAGUGAGUCCUCUUCUUGGAUUAUCUGCAGCAGUAUGGACCAAACUUCUUGCUAAUUUUACAUCAAAAGAGCUUAAUGCUUAUGGGAAAGCUGGAGCUGUGGCUGAAGAAGUUCUCACAGCAAUAAGAACCGUUGUUGCUUUUAAUGGACAAAAUAGGGCACUGAAAAAGUAUGAAAAGAACCUAGAGAAUGCAAAACAAGUUGGCAUUAGAAAAUCAAUCACAACAAAUGUAUCUAUGGGAAUUGCACAAUUUCUCAUCUUUGGAGCAUAUGCGUUGGGAUUUUGGUAUGGGACAAAAUUAACAGUGGACGAGCCAGACACAUACAGCAUUGGAAAAGUUUUAAUUGUAUUUUUCUCAGUUUUGAUUGGUACAUUUUCACUUGGCCAGGCUGCUCCAAAUUUAGAAAGCAUUGCUAGUGCUCGUGGAGCAGCCUAUGAAGUGUACAAGAUUAUAAAGCAGCCACGUCUGAUUGACAGUAGUAGCAAAGAAGGACACAAGCCAGACCGUCUUAUAGGAAAUAUUGAAUUUAAAAAUCUUCAUUUCUCCUACCCUUCAAGACCAGAUAUACCAAUCUUGAAAGGUCUGAACCUUAAGGUUGAAGCUGGAAAGACAGUAGCCCUUGUUGGGGCCAGUGGCUGUGGCAAAAGCACAACUAUUCAGUUACUGCAGAGAUUCUAUGAUCCACCUAAGGGUGAGGUAACGGUUGAUGGACAUGAUAUACGCUCACUCAACGUAAAAUGGUUACGAGAAAAUAUAGGAGUUGUUAGCCAAGAACCUAUUUUGUUUGGGGCAUCAAUAAAAGAAAAUAUUCAAUAUGGAAGAGAAGAUGUAACCGAUGCAGAGAUUGAGCAAGCCGCUAAAGAAGCAAAUGCCUAUGACUUUAUAUCAAAACUCCCAGAUACAUUUCAAACAAUGGUUGGGGAAAGAGGAGCUCAGCUGAGUGGUGGCCAGAAACAGAGAAUCGCAAUAGCACGUGCAUUAGUACGCAAUCCCAAAAUUCUGUUGCUUGAUGAAGCUACUUCUGCUUUGGAUACACAAAGUGAAGCUGUUGUUCAGUCUGCAUUGGACAAGGCAAGAGCUGGCCGUACCACCAUUGUGAUUGCUCAUCGGUUGUCUACCAUCAGGACUGCAGAUGUCAUUGCUGGAUUUCACAAUGGAAUUGUGGUGGAGCAAGGGAGUCACAUGGAGCUUAUGGAUCAAAAGGGAGUUUACUAUUCACUGGUUAUGUUACAGAGUCAAGGUAGACACAAAGAAGAAGAUUCAAAUGAAAGUGAAGGCGAUGAAGAAACCUCAGACUCUGAUGCAGAUAUUGAAGAUGUUUAUGAGAAUGAUAUUACUAAAAAUAAUAAUGAAUCAGAGAACAUCAGCAGAAAUGAUUUUCAGAGAAAAUCUAGUAGGAGGAAAAGCAAAAGGAAGUCAAAAAAGAAAUCAAAACCAAACGCAGAUGCAAAUCAGGUGGAAAAUGAUCUUCCUAAUUUCUCCCUGAGUAGAAUCCUUGCAUUGAACAAACCAGAAUGGUACUUUAUUGUGUUGGGAGUCAUUGCUGCAGCAAUUUCUGGAGGCAUUUACCCAACAUUUGCUGUGGUUUUUGGAAAGAUUAUUGGGGCUUUUCAAGAACAGGAUCCAGACAAAAGGAAUGCAAAAACAAUCCUACUUUCUCUGAUGUUUCUUGCCUUGGGAGCGAUCAGUCUCAUUGUGCAUAUCCUAAUGGGAUUUGCUUUUGGAAUAUCUGGAGAAAAUCUUACCAUGAGACUUAGAUCUCUGUGUUUUAAGGCACUAAUGCGACAGGAAAUAGGAUACUUUGAUGAUCAUUCAAAUGCUGUUGGAGUAUUGUUAACCAGACUCGCAACUGAUGCUUCUCAAGUCAAAGGGGCUUCUGGCAGUCGAAUGGGUUUGAUCACGCUGUCAGUCUGCACCCUUUUGGCGGCUAUCAUAAUUGCAUUUGUGCACGGCUGGCAGUUGACACUGCUUAUCUUGGCCUGUAUACCAUUUCUGAUUGGAGCAAAUUUUAUUCGAAUGAAAUCCAUGGCUGGACAUGCAUCAAAAGAUCAAAAAGCUUUAGAGCAAGCAGGAAAAAUCUCAACUGAAGCUGUAGGAAAUAUCAGAACUGUGGUGUCACUAACAAGGGAAGAUCGAUUUUAUGAGAGAUAUAAUGAAAGCUUAAGUGUACCAUACAAGGAGGCAAUUGCUAAAGCUCCUCUCUACGGCUUCACCUAUGCGAUUUCUCAGAGUAUAAACUUCUUUAUCAACGCUGCUGUGUUUCGCUUUGGAGCUUGGCUGAUCGCUCAUUGCUACAUGCAGUUUGAGAAUGUUUUCAUAGUCUUCUCUGCCAUUAUAUUUGCUGCUAUGAAUGUUGGACAGUCCACUUCUCUGGCACCAGACUUUGGAAAAGCAAGAGUUUCAGCCCAGCGCAUUAUGAAACUAUUGGAAAGGCAGCCACAGAUUGAUAGCUACAGCGAGGAUGGCGAUAAACUGAGUUCAUUUGAUGGAAAUCUGGAAUUUCGAGAUGUCAAGUUUGUUUAUCCAACAAGACCAAAGGUUCAAGUUCUUCAGGGACUAAAUGUUAAAGUCUCCAAAGGUCAGACCCUGGCACUAGUGGGCAGUAGCGGAUGUGGUAAAAGCACCUCCAUCCAGUUACUGGAGAGAUUUUAUGAUCCAAUGGAUGGAAAAGUGUUUGCAGAUGGAAUUGACACAAAAUUACUGAAUAUCCAGUGGCUGAGGUCACAAAUGGGAAUUGUGUCACAGGAACCAAUACUUUUCGACUGCAGUAUUUCUGAAAAUAUCCAAUAUGGGUACCUGGAACGGCAGGUCACACAGGAAGAAAUUGAAGACGCUGCAAAGGCAGCCAACAUCCACAGUUUCAUUGAGGGUUUGCCUGAUAAAUAUAACACACGCGUUGGAGAUAAAGGGGCUCAGCUUUCAGGAGGACAGAAACAAAGAAUUGCCAUCGCCCGGGCACUCAUCCGAAAGCCAAAAGUGCUGCUACUGGACGAAGCUACCUCAGCUCUUGACACAGAAAGUGAAAAGAUUGUACAAAAGGCCCUGGAUAAUGCCAGACAGGGCAGAACAUGUGUAGUAAUUGCACACCGCCUCACAACAAUCCAGAAUGCAGAUAUCAUUGCAGUGAUACAGAAUGGAAUUGUCAUUGAACAAGGAACUCAUACCCAACUGCUGGCUAAACAGGGGGCAUACCAUGCUCUUGUAAAUUCACAGGUGACACACUGAAGCCAUACCAGCACGGACUGCUAGUGAAUGUCAAUAUUUUUCUAAGUCUUUAGAAAACAAUAUUUGGAAACGAUACGGGCAAAGAUAAUGCCCUUAUUGGCUAAAUGAAGCCGUUUCUACUAGAAGUUUUAAAACUCACUUGGGACCUCAUUCUGCAUAUAGCAACAGAGAAGGAAUAAUGUGGGGGAGAGAUGAUUGUCCCCAUCAUUUGUUCAGUGUUCUUUCCGGUGACAGUCAACUGUGAGUGUGUAGAUACUGUAUGUAUAUUUGUAUAUAGAGAUAUAUUAAACCUUAAUGUACAUAUUAUAAAGUCAAACUUCCCUCUUUCUCCCUCAAUUCUCUGUGUGUCACUACUUAUACUUUAUCCCAAGUUUGCUUUUUUCUGUCAUUCCUGUCUCGGAUAGUGUGGCAUGCUUAGAUCCAUAUUCAUGUGAAUCCUCCACAUUUUGACCUCUUAAGGCUCAUGGGAAUAAAAAAUUCUUAAACUGAAUUUUUUUUUAAUAUGGAUAUAUAAAGAUAAACAUGUCAUUUCAUAAUAAACUUCAUUACACCAUUAUCUCCCUAUCUUAGUUAGAUGGUGAGAAUAGUGCUGGUAGGCUGGCUUCUCACUGGAGCAUCCUCUUACAUAUUUCAUUGCGAAGGGAUCUCCUAUCUUAGAUAGGAUAUAGAUUUACAGAAGUCUCCUACCCCCUGUCUCCCAUCUUAAAAUCUUAGAUUCCUAAUGACUUAAUAUUCUAACUUCUGGAAACGUCAAGUUGGAAAACAAAAUACUGUACACUUGGGUCUGAUGUAAAGGCAUUUUAUUUAAGUGAUAGGGAAUUGUAAAACUAUUAACUUUCAGUUCAGGCCCUGGAUUUAUGGUUUCAACAUUUUAUUAUGGUAAAAUAAAAAUGUAUAUACCUGUACUAUUGAUAUAUUAUUUUGAAAUGAUUCAGAAGAAACUAUUUGCAAAUGUGAAAGCUGUACAGUGCCAAAUGUGAUUAGUACUAAGGUAAUUGAGCUGAUACCGAAGACUAUUUAAAUGCUGCAUGUGAAGGAAAGGUGCUGUGAUGGCACCACUAAACAUAUUGCACUUAUCUGCACUUUCAUUAGAAAGACGAGUGCUGCACUGUCAUGUUGCAUAGUGUAUGGCAUAGGAUUUGGCCUACAUAUAUAUAUUUUUACUGGUUGUAAUAAAUAUUUUGGAUAGAAAUAAA